AUGGUUAUGCACCGAGAAGAGGAUCCUUAUGCCUACGCCUGCCUGGGGCAAACAGCAAGGGAACGCAGCAUACAAGGCAUAUUCAGCGGAAGCAACAAUGCGACCUCCUUCAAGAUGUGGCUUCACUUUGUGUUGGAGGAAAUGGACGGUCGGUGCGGCCGUGGGGUUUACAGCAUGGGUCGGAUAUAUGAGCGGAUGAUGUUAUUCAAUUCGUCCGUCGAAGAUGCGGUUGCUGCGAAUCCAGAUACGCAAGGUGAUAAACAACCCGUUGUCAUAUAUGAUGCAAUUGUCAGACAAGAAGAUUUCUAUGCAUCGCUUGAGCAAGGUCUGCUAAAAUUUGAAUGCUUUCAGCCAGGAAGCAUCAAUUGGGGAUAUUUCAAUAUGCUACGGUACAAGGCGGAUAAUGGAUUCCAAGGCAACCAGCGCAUUCCGUAUCAUUGUUUUUACGACGAGGAAGCAAGGUCGUGGGUUGAGCGGCAUGAUAAGCAUGUUCUUAAGUUGCAUGGGUACACGUUCCAGAAACCGAGCAUUGAUGAGUGUGCGGCUUUAGAAGCGCCGUGA